CAGGCAGGCAGGCGGCAGUGAGCUGAUGGUGUUCGUCUCGUUGAGCUGCAGAUCACUCUGUGGAUGAUUGAAAGAUUGCAAAAGAUACAAUUAUUUUCAUCAUCACUCUUCCUCCUCAGAUCAUCAUCAGGAUAAAUUUCUGUCAAACUGCAUCUGGAGCUGCCAAUCAAAUCUGCCACCAAAGACGGCCACUUCCGGCCAACAAAUGUCCAUGGAGUUCCUAGUCAGAGUCGAGAGGUCAAACGGAUCGCGUCCUGCAGGCUGUGGAUCAGCUCUGGAUCAGCUGUACUGGCAGCUCUGCGACAUUUGGGGCAUCGUGGUGCAGGCAGCAGCGGCGUUGGGCUUUGUGAGCUGCAUUGCACUAGCAUCGCUUCUGCUUCUGUGGCUGGUGUGCGCAUCCUGUCGGUGUGGGCGACCAGUCAGCACGACAGCGGUGGCAGCACUGCUGCUGUUCUUGCUGGGUACAGCCGGCAUGUUUGCUCUUCCUUUCUCGUUUGUCAUCUCGCUGUCACCACAAACGUGCCCUGUGCGGGUGUUUCUGUUUGGGAUGUUGUUCUGCAUUGUGUUCGGCGCUCUGCUUGCUCGUGGUCUCGUCCUAAUGGAUGUGGGGCUGGUGCGCGGUUGGAGAGAGGCAGGCGUGACUGUGACACUCGUGCUGGUGCAGGUGAUCAUCUCCGUGGAGUGGCUCCUGGUUGUGUUGAUCCGGGACGAGAGAACAUGUGAGUUUUCACAAGCAGAAUUUGUCAUGCUGCAGAUUUACGUGAUGGUGCUAUUAGCUGCUGCGCUGGUGACAGCGCUGCGCUUCCUCUGCAAUGCAUACAUCACCUACAGCUACAGCUACACGGGCCGACAGAUGCAUCGACACACCAAACUGCAGGCGGCACUGCUUGUCCUGACGCUGCUGCUGAGCGUGUGUGUUUGGAUCGUGUGGAUUACACUGCUCAUAUAUGGGAACCGUGCGAUGGGCCACAGCCCUGACUGGGACGACCCCGUGAUUAGCAUCGCACUAACUGCUAAUGGCUGGGUGCUGCUGCUGGGGCAUGGUUUCUCUCAGGUCCACUUUAUGUGCCAAUGUGAAGCACGUAUGAAAGAUCCGCCGUUGCACUUCACAGGGUGGACAAGCCCUGGAAAAACACCAGCAGCGGUCACAGAAGAAACAAAAACAGGAAGAGACAACAGUGGCUUCCAGAUGGAUACGGAUGAGAGGAGAGGUAAAGACGUGGAGUCCCCUGGAAUCAUCAUGACAGAGAUCAGCACUGAGAAAGAUUACAGCAUCCCACGACCAACAACCACCAACAUCAACAAACCAUACGACGAAUACUACAUACACAGAGUUUGACACAUUCAGUUCUGCUCUAUAACUUUAGCAAACAAAUCAUGAAACCCUAACAUACAGUUUACCAAUUUGUCUCAUCAUCCUUUAGUGCCCACAAGUGUGUCUUGCAUUUUAUGCCACCAAAAUAAAAGCUGUGGAAAUGUUGUGAAAAUACCUGACAAGUUUUCUUCAAGGAUAUUUCCAGGUUAAGUCAUGCUUAUUUGUAUAGUUCUUUUCACAACAUUGUUUCAUUGAAAAACUUAAUUCGAAAUUAUGCUUCAAAAAUUGUUUGUUGAGCCCCAGUGAGCAGACAAAGGCAACUUUAGCAAGGAACACAAACUCCACAAGAUGUUAGUUAAUGGAGAAAAAAUAACCUCGGGGGAAACCAGGCUCACCGGGGGAGCCAGUUCAGUAAUGCGUUCAGUGCCAGCAGAAUGUGAAAAUACUGUCUAUACAGUCACCUGCUGCUAUUGGGCGCACUGCCACUGGCAUGUUGCAUGUCAUGUUCUGUCAGCUACACAGAAUAAAAUGUGGCAAUGUGUUUUGCUGUCCCCUUUUGCAUGUCGCGGCACCAUUUCAAGGCCCCCUUCAUCAUAUCGUGGCCCACUUUGGCAUAUCACGGCCCCAUAUCGUGGCAGGCCCACCGGGAUAAAUCCCGGUUCUCCCAAUAGCCAGUCCAUCUCUCUCUCCAAGUGUAUCUGUGUGUGUAUAUUUGGAAAGAGGGGGUGUGUCUAAUUCAAAGUUCCAUUUGCACAUGCAGCAACUUUAUCACUUAAUGUUGCUAGUCUCUGUCCUGUGAAGUCUCUAGUGCACGUUUCUACUGCUGUGGCUCUAAUGUUAUUGGCGGACCACAUGUCUGGCCAUGUCUGAUCACAGAUGAGGCAUAUUGCUGGUAAAACUAAGAUAUCAUUUGUAUAAGAUCAGUGUACAAAUAAAAAUCAUUCAGACUGCACACAAUUUCUUUUCCAUGCAUAAUUUUUUAUAUCUAUGUAUGUUGCCACAGACAAAUAAUUUUGAACAGUGAAAUCACUCACAUCAACUAAAACUUCUCUGUCUUGUCUGCACUUGAGAGAUGGAUGACGUGAGCUCCACUGACUCAGUCUUCACUCCUAUUAGUUGUUUUUUUCUCCCCUUUUCUCCCCAAUUUGGAAUGGCCAAUUCCCAAUGCUCUCUACUUCCUUCUGGUGGUGAGUUACUUGCCUCAAUCCAGGUGGCGGAGGACAGACCUCAGUUGCCUCCAUUUCUGAGACAGUCAGCCCGUGUCUCUUAUCACAUGGCUUGCUGAGCAUGUUACCACAGAGACUUAGUGUGUGUGGAGGCUCAUGCUAUUCACUUUGGUGUCUACACACAACUCACCAAUCACCCCACCGAGAGCGAGAACCCCCAUAUUGCGACUAAGAGGAAGGUAACUCAAUGUGACUCUACCCACCCUAGCAACCUUAAGUUAAACUUUUCUCAACUUUCUGAAGUCUCUGGACAUGCCCACAUCUAGUUGCCAGAGGACACUCUCGCUCGUGUCGCCGGAAGUCACUAGCUCUCAUUGAAAAUAAAUUAGAUCAUGUCACUUUGUCGCUGGAAGCCACUGCAUGUGUGAACAGGGCUCAAGUCAAAUGGAAGGUGAGAGAGCAUUUACCUAUUAUGCCACCAGCAGCUGGAACCAGCUUCCAGAAGAGGUCAGAUGUGCUCCAACAGUAGCCACAUUCAAGUCCAGACUGAAAACACAUCUGCUUAGCUGUGCAUUUAUACUUACUGAUUGAACUGUAUCAUUUUAUUCCUGCACUAUUUUUAUUUAUUUAUUUAUUUUAAUAAUCUUUCAAUAGAUUUUUUUUUAUUUUAUUACUUUUCUCAUUUCUUGUUCUUAAUUGGUUUUACAUUUUCUUUAUGUAAAGCACUUUGAAUUAUCAUUGUGUAUGAAAUAUGCUAUAUAAAUAAACUUGC